AGAGUACUCCGGUGACUACAUAAAGCUCUUGGAUUUCCUGCUUGUCGGGUCAGUUCAUUGUCGGCCUCAAGUCUGUCUUCCACAAUCCUCAAACAUAAUGCAUUGGUCAAUUGCUGUACUGAGCUACGUGCUCGGGUCUGCCCUUGCGCAGAACUCGAGCUCACCGUCGAUGGGACCUGAUGUUCUCACCGCGGAUAUGGUCUCGAGCAUGGGCAACAACACCUUGUUCAACAGGUGGAGGCCUACGUACCACUUCACAUCCCCUGCCGGUUGGUUAAACGAUCCAUGUGGUAUGCUGUACGAUCCCACCACCGACACAUAUCAUCUACACUACCAAUGGCACCCUAACCACGUCAAUUGGGGCAACAUCUCAUGGGGCCACGCCACAUCUAAGGAUCUCGUGACAUGGACUGAUGUCGGUGGCUGGGAGAAUGAUCAAGCACAGUCUAUUGGUACUGGUCCCGACCCAGACUCCCGGAACUCGUCCUACUACGGUCUCGGUAUCUUCAGUGGUUCUGCUCAGCCCUACAACCUUACGGGUGGGCAAGAUGGUACCCUCCUCGCGUUCUACACAGCCGUCCAGUAUCUGCCCACCAAUUGGGCCCUUCCCUACAUCAAUGGUACUGAGAAGCAGGCCAUUGCCAUCUCCAAUGAUGGCGGUGAGACUUGGGAACAGUACGAGGGCAACCCAAUUAUCUCGGACCACCCUGAAGGCUGGAACGUUACCGGCUGGCGCGAUCCCUUCGUUGAGCCCUGGCCUGAGAUGGAUGCGAUCCUUGGCCAGACAGAGCCACAUUGGUACAUGGUGCUUGGUUCCGGUAUCAAGGGUGAGAGUGGAGGUGGCCGCAUCCCCUUCUACUCUGCUCCUCAGUCCAACUUGACAGACUGGACUUUCCUCGGCGCCCUGUGGGAGCCAAAACCAAACCAGACACUGGGCUCGCUGCUCGAGACCGGAACCUACGGCUUCAACUUCGAGGUGUCCAACUUUUUCUCCCUGGCCGACGAGGAUGACGAUGUCCACUACUAUGCCCUCAUGGGUACGGAAGGUGGUAAUCUCACGUGGCACCCUCGCGCCCAGUGGGGUCUGUGGAACGAGGGCCAGGUUACCAGACGCGAGAAUGGAUCCGCUGAAUUCACUCCUGUCUCUGGUGGUGUCAUCGACUCCGGUCUCCUCUACGCCGUCACCAGCUUCAACGACACCAAGAACAACCGCCGCGUUCAGUGGGGAUGGGCCAACGAGGAGAACAACAACUUCGGUAUUUCCCAGAGCGGUUACCAGGGCGCCAUGGCUCUGCCUCGUGAGAUGUACGUCAUCAAGACCCGCGGUCUGGUCAACACCGACGGGGCCUUGACUUCCAAGGGCAACACCCGCACUGUUGAGCACGGCAAUGGUACCUUUACUGGCUACACCCUCGGCGCUCGUCCCCUACCUGAUGUUGUCGAGGCCCUCCGUGGCGAGGAGCGCAGCAUCAACGCCAUCUCCAACUGGACCACCAGUAUGCUUGUCGGUGAGGGCAGCUCCCACAUGGAGCUCGCUGUAACUCUCAGCAACUGCACCGGCCCUGCUGGUGUCACAAUCGCGGCCAGUGCCGGCGGCGAGGAAUACACCCACAUCUACUACGACCCUUCAAACUACACCGUCAACGUCGACCGCUCCCACUCCUCGACCAUCGUCGAAUUCGCCAACUACACCAUGCUAGGCUACUUCUACCCUUACACCUUCGCCAACGGCACCACCGAGUCGCUGCACAUGGACAUCUUUGUUGACGGCUCCCUUGUAGAAGUCUACAUCAACGACCGCUUCUGGCUGACAACGCGCAUCUACCCCGCGCGUCUCGACAGCACCAACUUCGGCAUCUACGUCGGCGACAACUCGACCGUCCAGGUGUCGGACCUCAAGACGUGGGAGAUCACGGCGAACUCUUUCCCGGAGCGCCCGCUCAACUCGAGCUCUGAGCUUGUCUUUGACACGCCCGAGGAGACUAACAACUAUGUCUGGUGGGGCGGAAACUAGGUCCGUGUUUAUGAUAAUGUGGCAGUGUAUAUAUGGAGCUCACAUGAGAUAUGACGAUGAUGAAUAGUCUGUGUAUAUAGCAACUACUGAUGAGUGUGC